AUGGAAAUAAGGAACGUCGCUUAUACCCACCUUUUAUUCUUGCUAAUAUUUCUCAUUCGCGCCCGGUCUACCGUAGCUUAUACGGCACCGGAGCAAUGCUUUUAUCGAUGUAUGGCACAGUGCAUUGCUGCCACAGGGCAAGUUCGAUCGGUUUUCGACACCUGCGGACCAAGCUGUCAGCGUUAUAACGAUACGAAACUAUGCAGCUCUGCGAAUGUAAGUUGCUGGCAGGCUUGCGACGAUUUGGGCCCUGGCGACCUUGUGACAACGCCCACCAGAUUAUCAGCUUCGAAAGAUGUUACUGGAGCCAUCAACCUCCAAUGGAUCCCCACCACCACGGCCAACUAUUACAUCUUGCAAUACAAAUAUUCGAAUGAUACCGAUUGGACGGAAGAUCAGCAAACGUUGAACUGCUUGGCGUUUAUGGACGACUAUCAGGCACCAAAUGCCCCAAAUUGUGAAUCGCCAGAAGUGCGGGUGGCUGCCGUUUCGGCGCAGGGAAUUUCCAACUUCACUAACUCAAUUCAACUCCCCGUUCCAUCGCCCGUUUUUGGGAAUACCACCCUGCUCGUCAACUAUCUGCGGUAUCUGGAUAAACCCUUCGUUUCCGACGUGUUCCGAUCAAACGGUACGGUCCAACUAUCGAUGACGUUUGCGCCUUUGGAAUGGGCCAUCGGAAUGCCUGACAUCGUCGUCGAGCCAUUCUUUCACUUGUUUAGCUGCGGAAAAAAUGAUGAUGGUAGUGUGCUGCCGUUACCGGAAUUUACGAUGGGCCCGAAUAAAAACGAGUUGGUCUCGGAGAUGCCAGCCGAAUAUAUGUAUCAGGACUGUCGAUUCGCCUACUUUUUGAGCCAGGCGAAAAGUUUGAUUUGUGGGACGACAACAACACUUGAUAGCCCGCCAAAUGGACAAAUUGAUUCGCUCGAGAUUGACUGUAAUACCGUCGACGACAGUCCGUGUAGUACUGUAACAUUCCCGGCACCAAUCUGUGGCCGUACGGCACCUGGAAAUAUUACGCCGAUCUGGGCUAAUGGAAAGGUACCCGACCAUGAUGAACAGUUUGCAAUCAACUACACGGUUAACUUGGCCAGAAACGUGCCUCUAUUCAACUACAUUAUUGCGUAUUUUGGACCAGCAGUCGGCUAUGGCGCCGAUCAGGCCGAAUUCCUGGGGGUGAAUCUGCAGAAUGUCAGCGAGGUCGUCACGGAUUGUCUACGAUUCGAUAAUUCGACCGGAAAUUGUUUGCAACGUACUCCAAACAACACGCUGCUUAUCGAAGGGAUGAAUUGGGAUACCGAGUAUGGUAUUGUAAUCUGUGGUGUAAGGGAUCCAAGAAACACAACUAUACCAAACUUAUUUUCUGAUCGGAAAGCGGAAAGGCCAAGAGCGGAAGCAAUAGAGCUCGAUUACAAAGAUUACGAAAAGAGCCACACGGGCCUGAUAGUCGGACUAGUCGUCGGAUUCUUGGUCUUAGCCAUAUUGGCAAUGAUCAUCGGAUGCUGUUUCUACACCAAGAAACAAAACAAACAGAACAAGCUUUACGCGUUGAAAUUGGCUCAAAUGGAACGUGAAAAGCAUGAGGGGAGAUAUACCGAAAUGCCGAAAAAGGCUGAUAUCUGGGAAAUCGAGCGCCGAAACUUACUGGUAGAUACGGAGAACAAGCUGGGAGCCGGAGCUUUUGGAGCUGUCUACCUUGGAAAAUUGCUCGGAAAAUCGAUGAACCACCACGACGCGAAUUCGCCGCUUGGCAUCAAUUUGUUGAGGGCCGAGAAUUGUGAUGUGGCCGUGAAAAUGUUGCCAGAAUACGCCGACGACAUGUCGAAGAGCGAAUUUCUGCAGGAGAUCGCGUUGAUGAAAUCGAUGGGGUAUCACGAGAGGCUUGUUAAUAUGUUGGCUUGUGUUACAGAAUCUGAACCGUAUUAUUUGGUGGUGGAGUAUUGUAAUGAUGGGAAUUUACUGCAGUUUUUGCAAGAAAGGUGUAAAUAUAUGAUAAAGCUCGCCGAAAACAACAUAAAUUUCCACGAACCAACAGAAGACGACGUCUACGAUGAAGGAAUGAUUCUGACCAUGAAACAACUCCUAAUGUUCUCCGUUCAAGUCUCCUACGGAUUGGAAUACCUUUCCCAAAAAGGAUUUGUCCAUCGUGACGUCGCUGCCAGAAACAUCCUGGUGUCAAACCGGACUGAAGUGAAAAUCGGCGAUUUCGGUUUAACGCGAUAUAUCUAUUCGGAAAGCUCGCAAUAUGUCAGCAAGGGUGGUCGAUUGCCGUUGAAAUGGAUGUCCCCAGAAGCCAUUCGACAUUAUGAAUUUUCGACGAAGAGUGACGUCUGGUCAUUUGGUGUGUUGUUGUUCGAAGUGAUUACAUUGGGUGGAAGCCCUUAUCCCUGCAUUCAACCCGCCGAUAUGCUCGACUUUUUGGAGAAGGGUGGAAGGAUGGAGCAGCCGGAUAAUUGCCCGGAUGAGUACUACGACAUCAUGAAUGAUUGCUGGCAAUUAAAUCCGGCGAGUCGUCCUGAUUUCAGCGCGAUCCGUCAAAAAUUGGCCAGUCAAUUGGAGGAGGUGACCGAAGAGUAUUCAUAUUUACAACUUGAUGCUCGGAAGGAUUAUUACAAUUUUGGCUAUACUGAUCGAUCGAAUAAGGUGGAUACUGUAGUAAUUCCUGAACAUGAGGUCGUCUUGACCGAUGCACCUGAACAAGUCAAAUCACGUCUAAAUUCUGAAGAGCUUGCCACCGAUGAAACAACAAUCUCAUUCGGUAUCACAUUAAUUAAA